GAAGUGUCUUUCUUCCACUUCUAUCUUUUGCUUCCUUCUCUCCUUCAUUUGCUCUCUUCUUGGAAAUGGUUGAUUAUCUAAGUGAGAGGCUGAUUAAAAAUGGAGCGGACCAAGAAGAGGAAAGAGGAAAUAAUAUUAUUAUUGUGGAAAAAGAAGAGAAAUUGAAGGAUAUGAUAUUACAUGAAAAUAAGAAAUUAUGGGUAGUGGCAGCUCCAGCUAUAUUUACACGAUUUUCAACAUUUGGAGUAAAUGUUAUCAGUCUAGUUUUUAUUGGUCAUAUUGGAGCCACUGAACUUGCAGCUUAUGCAUUGAUUUUCACUGUCCUCCUCAGAUUUUGCAUUGGCAUCCUUCUAGGUAUGGCAAGUGGACUAGAGACAUUAUGUGGUCAGUCAUUUGGAGCAAAACAAUAUCAUAUGCUUGGUUUACAUCUUCAAAGAUCAUUGAUUGUCUUAACAAUUACCACAACACUUCUACUCCCAUUAUUUCUAUUUACAACUCCAAUUUUAAAAGCAUUAGGCCAAGAAAAUGACAUAGCACAAGUGGCUGGAGUUGUUUCACUUUGGUUCAUCCCAGUGGCAUAUGCAUAUGUUGUGUCAUUUGCUUGCCAAAUGUACCUUCAAGCACAAAGCAAGAACAUAAUUAUUGCAUACUUAGCUGCAAUUACACUAAUAAUCCAUGCAUUUUUGUCUUGGCUUUUGACAAUCAAGUACAAAUUUGGGCUAACUGGUGCUAUGAUAUCAACUAUUUUGGCAUAUUGGAUACCUAAUAUUGGGCAAUUAGUGUAUGUUAUGGGUGGAUGGUGCAAAGAUACUUGGACUGGCUUUUCAUUCUUGGCUUUCAAGGAUUUGUGGCCUGUUGUCAAACUUUCUCUAUCAUCUGGUGUCAUGCUCUGUGUUGAGCUUUGGUACAACAGUAUACUUGUUCUUCUGACUGGAAAUUUCAAAAAUGCUGAGGUUCAAAUUGAUGCCCUUUCUAUAUGCCUUAACAUCAAUGGUUGGGAAAUGAUGAUAGCUCUUGGCUUCAUGAGUGCAGCAUGUGUACGAGUAGCAAAUGAGUUGGGAAGAGGAAGUUCAAAGGCAGCAAAAUUCUCAAUUAUGACAAUAGUCUUAAUAUCUUCUGCUAUUGGAUUCACCCUAGCAUUAUUCUUCUUCUUCCUAAGGGGACGUUUGGCUUUAGUUUUCACAGAAAGUAUAGAAGUAGUAAAAGAAGUAGAUAGUUUAUCUCCUCUCUUGGCCUUUUCAGUUCUAUUGAAUAGUGUUCAACCUGUACUUUCUGGUGUGGCUGUUGGGGCAGGGUGGCAGAACAUUGUGGCCUAUGUUAACAUUAUAUGUUAUUAUGUGGUGGGAAUUCCUGUUGGAGUAAUGCUUGGCUAUUUUCUACAAUUAGAAGUUACAGUAAGUGUUUCUAUCACGACUCGGCUCGCUAGUGAUAUUGUCCGUUUUGGGCCUAGAUUUGCAUGA